AUGGGAGGCAAUCACAGAACAUGGGACAUUCGUACAAACAUUUUCAGCCCCGUUGAUAGCGGCGAGCUGACUACCUCUUUCGACUGCCCUGGAGAAGCCGCCAUUAUGCGCUGGCGCAGUUGUUCAGUCCAGAGCUUGGACAAUGUACUACACAGCGGCCACAAAAUACCUCCUCAAGAAUACGACGACCACGAUGGCGAGUCCAGCACAUCCCUCGCUUUCGUCCGCAAAUCAGACCCUCAAGCGGGCAGCACAUAUAUCAUCCUAGACGUCUCACAAACUCGUGCGUUGACUUGCCAUAAAGGCAAACUGCGCCUCGAACCCGUCCACCUGAGCGACGACCAUAUUUCUGAGCAGGCUCAAUGGUUUUGCACAGCAAGAAACGGCUUUAAAGGUUUCAAGAAUGUCGCCGAAGGCAAAUUCCUAGGACACGAUGUGUUCUGGGAUUUUUACGCCACCGCUUCAAAUCACAGUCUUUGGGAGUACUUCACUAUCGCAAGACGUCCAGGUGGUCUGUACUGGCUACAGAUACUUCAUUGGUGGACGCAGUGGCAGGUCACUGUAAGGGAAGAUGGGAGCGGAGUGUUUGCGGAAUUGGAGGACGGAACUGAUUGGGAGUUUGUCAAGGUUUUGAGCAUGGGCGAAUGA